GGCGGGAACGCUAUUAUAGAACCUGGUCGGUACCUGCGUCACCGAGCGAUCCAUCCUUGUCGUUUGAUCGCAGUCAGUUGCUUGUACACGCACCCCAACUCAAUCUACCAGUUCUCGUCCCAUCUCCCAGUUCUCGUCCCAUCUCGAGACAGCUCCACAGACUCCAUACCAUCAUGCCAUGCCUUUCUGUGCUUUCAAAAACCAGCGUACAUCCCGGUAUUUAAUAUCAAUAGGAUACAGCUCCUCUCGGACAACUCCCCGCUAGAAUAGUGGCUGUGGUAUAUAAGCCCGAGAUAAUGCGAUCAAAGUACGACCAAGCUGCCUAACUACCCACGCUUCAACACAGCAUCAUGAAAUUCCACCUCCUAGUCCUCGCUUUUAUAAGCUCCUCCUCCUCCGCCACCGCCGCCGCUACGGCCGCCAUCGACUUCUCGAUCAAAACCCCUUCCGAGCUCGAGGGCAACAAGGCCGCCGUCUACUACCCCGACUCCGAUGACGACGCACCACUGCUAAUCGGCAACGAUGGAUCCGCUGGUACCGGAGGAUUCCGCUCAUGGACUAUGGGCAACGCGUUGACCCAGAAGUGGGACAAGCGUACGGGGCGCACAAAGCUCGUUGGCACUGUGUAUGACAUCGCUGGAAAGGACUGGAUUGUGACCCUAUCACAGGAGGAUUCGAACCUAAGGUUCUUUGAUGCCGAGAAAGGGACCGAGCUGAGUGAUGCCACCAGGAAGGUGUGGGGCGAUUACUCGGCCCUUUGUUCUUGGAGGAAUCAAAAGAGCGGGUCGCAGUAUCUCUAUGUCUUUGGAAAGAAGGAGGUCAAGACUUUGCUUGUGAGGAAAAACGAGAAAACCGAUGGUCUGGAGGUUGUCGAGGUCUCAACGCCCAAAGUUCCGAUUGAAGCGCAAACUUGUGUCGUCUCAGCCAGCAAGAAGAAAGUCUACUUCGGAGGGGAUGGCGGCAAAGUUUACUCUUUCCCGGCUGUCGAGGCAUCCGCUGCCGUGAAUACCACCCUUGUUGCUGAGUUAGACGAUGAGCUCAAGGGGAUGGCCGUUUAUCAUGGGAAGAAAGACGAGGAGUAUAUCUUCCUCGCUCAAGCUGAGAUUCUCAACAUUUACGACAGCAAAUUCAAGCUGUUGGGAAAUGUGACCUUCACCGGGGCGGAGGACCUAGAGAUCAAAGAUAUUGCAAUCUACCAAAACAAGUUCGGCAACUUCAGCAGAGGUGCAAUGGCAGCGUUCGUGGAGGGCGAUGAUGGGAACUACUUUCGAGUAGGUCCUCUCACGGAUGUUCUGGAGAAGCUGGACCUCGAAAAGAACACCGAUUUUGACCCUAGAGACGAUGCCGACUGCGACGACUGUGAACCGGCACAAUGCGAUAAACUUGACAACUGCUCGAACAACGGUUUCUGCAGCGACGACAGCAAGUUCUGUGACUGCUUUGCGGGCUACACUGGAAAUGAAUGCAAACAGCUGGAAUGCACCAAUGACUGCUCCGGUCACGGUGAAUGCACGGACAACAACAUAUGCAAGUGCGAGUCAGCGUGGGAUGGACCUGAUUGCUCGUUCAAGGUGGUCCAUGCCAGCUACGAAACCGAGGCUACUGGGGAGGAUGGAGAUGACCCCGCAGUAUGGAUUCACCCUACGAAUGCCUCGCUUUCUCGAAUUAUCACAACCACAAAGAGCACCGUUGGCGCUGGCCUCAACGCCUUCGAUCUCGCAGGGAAGAAAAUCUCCUCCAUCGAGAUGGGGGAACCCAACAAUGUGGACGUUAUAUACAGCUUCGCACUAGGAAAUAGAACAGUUGAUCUGGCAUACGCCGCAUGCCGAGCAGAUAACACUUUGUGUCUCGCCGAGAUCACCAGCAACGGGACUCUCAUUGAGGUCUCUGGCGGAUCCCACCCCACACCCGAAGACUACGAGGUGUACGGCUCUUGCGUUUACGCCUCCAAGUCGUCCGGAAAGCAGUAUCUCUUCGUCAACUCCAAGACAGCGGAAUACCUCCAAUACGAACUUACCAGCUCCAACGGUACUCUCGCCACCACCCUCGUCAGGACCUUCCAAGGCGGCUCGGGCGGACAGGUUGAGGGAUGCGUAUCCGACGACGAGAAUGGCGUUGUCUUUAUCGGUGAAGAGCCUUACGGUCUUUGGAGAUACGACGCUGAGCCCGAUGACUCGAAUGAGGGUACGCUCGUUGAUUCCGUCGAUGGGAACUUCUACGCAGACGUCGAGGGCGUUACCUUGGUCUACGGCAAGAGCAAGGACGAUGGAUACAUCAUCGUCUCCUGCCAGGGCGUCAGCGCGUACAACGUCUACAACCGUGCAGCUCCACAUGAAUUCCAGAUGACUUUCACGAUCAAGCAGACCGAGGAUGGGAAGAUCGAUGGUGUCACCAAUACGGAUGGUGUGACGGCGGUCGGGAGAGCAUUGAAUGCGGACUUCCCCGGAGGUGUGUUGGUGGUCCAUGACGAUGUGAAUCAGGAGCCGGACGGAUCGAAGAAUCCGUUGGCUGCAUUCAAGAUUGUGAGCUUGGAAAACGUGCUGGGAGAGCUGCUGGAUGGGGUGGAUACAGAGUGGGAUCCUAGGGCGUAGUGGAAUGCGCACCCAUAGUGAGUGAGGUGAUUGACUGCGCAUGGAGAAUAUUGGUGGAAUAGUAAACUGUUGUGCAAAAUAUAGCAUUUGGGUUGAGCAGGUGAACAAUAAGCCGAAUUCAUAGUCAGAUGAAUGUAUCUUCGACCCCCACUGUUUCAAAGAAGUACGUAUAUUGAGGCGCAGGACUGGGGCUGAGGCAAUCAAUGCGUUCAACCUUAUGAACAACCAAUGCACAGCCUGCCAGUGAGAU